CCACAGUUCUAGCAGUGAAGGACAAAUCACUCCCAGUUCUCUAAAGCUGAGAGCUCAAAGCAAUGAAGAUUUUAGCGUCUAUCCUGCUGAUCAGUCUGGCCCUUUGCUGCUAUGAGGCUGAUGCAGCGGCCUGUCCAACCUUUAUAGCUGAAAGCACAGCCAACUUACUAGCUAGUGAAUCUGUGUUCAGGGCAUCACUUUCCAAAUACGGAGCACCUCCAGAAGCUGUGGAGGCAAAGUUGCAAGUUAAGAGAUGUACAGAUAAGAUGAGCCUUGGAAAAAGAGUACUAUUUGGAAAAGUGCUGGGAGAAAUUGUUUUGAGGACGUGUACCUUGUAAGACAUGAAGGAUAUUUGAUGUUGGUGCCCAUUGUCUUUCCAGGAUUGCCUCUUUACCAUACUAUAUAAAAUUUCAAUGUCUUGCUCUAAUAAAUUACUUUGUCUGCAGUU